GAUGACACUGUGCCUCAUUUUUAGUUUUUCUUUCUGUAAAAUGUCUGUAGAAAAUAUUCUCAAUCCUGCAUGCCUUUCAUGUAAAAACGCUUUAUGUUUCUCGUGAAGAAAUUACUUGAAGUGAAGUUAAAUAGCGGAUAUCGACUCAUACUAUGUUAUGACUGCUUUAGAGUUUCCUGGUGAACAGAAUGCUGCUAUGGUAACAUUUCUGCAGGUUUUAAGAUUGAGAAAUGGCAAAAUAGAUAAAUACCGCGAAAUAUAAGCAGACCGCACAUGACGAAACAUCAUCCUGAGUUGUAUAAGACGAACAUUAUUUAUUACUGCAGUCUGAAGUUUAAACCUUUGGUAGUGUGAAAUUGUAUAUAUAACAUGAAAACAUAUCUUAACACCAACAUACUGCAUAAAAAUUUCUUUUAGGAGAGCAAUUCGCUAAAAGCGUGUUUUGUACUGUACACAUUUUACUUUCAAAAUACAUUCCAAAGUUUUAAUCCAACACGCUUGUGGAAUUCUUUUUAUCAUCUACAAAAUAGUAUAUUUCAUUCUAUUAGCUUUUGUAUUUUAAUUCCGGUGUAGUUAGGGCAAAUACAAUUCACAAUAAAAGAUGAACGUGUGAACUAUAUAUUACGUAUUGUUUCUCUGUGUCAAUGUCUAUCAGCGUCUCAUUGCAAUUCAUCAGUUGAAGAGAUCGCAUUCAGUGAAAUUAAAAGCCCAGGAAAAAACAGAAUAAGUUGUUUUAAUCGAAGAUUGUAACAUAAUUGAAAAUGGAAGUUAUAAUUCGUGACCAGGCAAGACGUCGGCAGUUUUGGUGGCCAAGAGACUUCGAACAGACUAUGAAAAUACCUUUAUCAAAAAACGGGAGACGUCGUCGGUUAUUUUGCCGUAAUGGCGUGUAUCUUCGUGUUACCGCAGACAAGCAUGUUGCUGGUACAACCAAUCCAUUUGAUCCUACAGUCGUAUUUGAUCUGAUACCAGCAGGAGGAAACAGUAUAAAAAUCCAAAAUGUCAAAAGUGGAUUGUAUGUUGCUAUUGACCAAAAUGGUGAUAUAAUGACUAAGCCACAUGCAGACAGCGAAUGUGUAUUUGAGGAGACAAACAAUAGCAAUUUUUACGAUAUCUUCAAACGACCAAGAAGCGUAGGACCUCCUUUUGUGUUGGGUCUUUGCAAGAAUGGAGAAGCUGAAUCUACUUUGUAUCGAGGGAAAAAACAAGCAAAAUUCAGUGAAUUUUGUUUUAUCUCACAGCUCAUCUAUUGCUCUGCCUACUCUGCAGACCACGCACAAAAAAAGUGUACAGAAAUUCUUUCUGACCAAACAGAUAGCCCUCUUAUUUAUAGUACGACAAGAAAACGUGUUGUUGCCUCAGUAACACGGCAGGAACCUGUACAGACACGUAAAUUACGAGCAGCACAUUAUUACACUAAAAAACAAUGAAUCAUGAAUAUGAGAUCAUUUCAUUAAAGACAAUAUUGUUAAGUGUUGUACUUUAUUAACGUUUUCAUGUUUAAUGAAAAUUUUUUCUUUGUACCAGUUCAUUAUACUAAAUAUA